GAUAAGACUUUUUCCUAUGCAUGAAUUUUUUUAUUUUUUAUUUUUUAUUUUUUACGGAGUAUUUUUUUAAUUUAACCCGGAAAGAGGUGAGGAUAAAGUCUUCACAAUUCAAAACUUAUUUCAUCACAGUUAGCGUGAAUCCGAAGCUUAAUAAUUUUAGAAAAUUUAGUUAUAUAAUUCUGCUUACUUUUAAAGCUACCUUAACAUAACCAAUCUCCCAUGUAUAUAAUAUAUAUGACGAAUUAUACAAAUCCUUCAUAUCAAUCAAUUUUAGAGAAAUUUCUCGAGAUAUUACGAAAUAUCUAAUUAUGGUGCUACCACCGGAUGUUAAUUCACAACCUAACUCAACUCCAUUUUCUGGAUUUACUUUUCCAAGUAAUUCCAUAGACUUAGGGAAGGCCUUUAGACACCCUCAACUCGAAUUUGAACCUUUUGGCUCAUCAAGCAGUGGAACGUUUGGUCAAGCACGUCGAUCUUUUUCCUGUUCAUCAUUCUCUUUUGAUUCAAGCAAUGGAACUUCUGGUCAAGUCAAACAAAGUCCUUUCGGUAAAUCAAACACUGAAAUUUUUGGCCAAGCACCUGGGACAUCAAAUUCAUGGGGUGCAUUUGGAUCAUCAACGGCCGUACUUGGAUCAACAGAUGCUUCUCCAUCUUCUUGUGGAGCUUGUACUACUGUUGGCAGCUUCAAACAGCAAGGAAGUUGCUUAUAUCCUUUCACUCCAACAGAGGAUAAGCGGGAAAACGAUUUUGCAAUUUCACCAAAGCUGCUCAUGUCAAUAUCAGCUAUGACUGCUAACUGCAACAAGAGCCAUGAAGAAUUAAGAUUAGAGGAUUAUGAGAAGGGAAACAAAGGUAAAAUCUCUACAAGCCCGUUUCAGCCUGCAUCAAGUCAAGCUCCCUGCUCACUAUUUGGGUCUCCAUUCAGUGAACCACCCCGCUCACAAUUUCAGCCUGCAUCAAGUCAAGCUCCCUGCUCACUAUUUGGGUCUCCAUCCAGGGUACCACCCCGCUCACCAUUUCAGUCUGCAUCCAGUCAAGCUCCCGGCGGCUCACUAUUUGGGCCUCCAUCCCGUGAACCACCCCGCUCACCAUUUCAGUCUGCAUCCAGUCAAGCUCCCGGCGGCUCACUAUUUGGGCCUCCAUCCCGUGAACCACAUUGCUCACCAUUCAAGUUUGGAUUUGGGAAAACAACCUCUACAUCACAACAUGGAUUUCAGAGUACAGGUAUUUGUAGCUCAAUACCAGAAGCCGCGUCUAAUGGGGUUAGAUUCUGUAAUUGCAAAUGCAACCAAGCUAAUGCCUUAGCUCGAAUCAACCCAGCUGCCUUUCCAGUAGUACAUGCCAAUACUAGUGAGGCAACUCAAGGCACAAAUACUUUUAUUAGUUACCCUGCCUUUGUCACUUUCAUUCAUCCAGCUGCAGCAGCAAAUGGUGCUCAUUCAACUGCUUUUACAUCUAUUGCAAGCCCUGGAAACCCAAGUACGAGUUCUUUCACAUUCGGCCCAAAUGUAGGUUGUUCAACCCCUCCAAGUACAUCAACCAACAUAGCAACAGCUUCUUGCUUAUUUCCUUCGUUGUCAAGUUGUCCCUCUCUUCAGUCUCCAGCACCAUCAUUCUCACAUAACACACUAGCAGCUAAUCAGGGCGCGGCUAGUGAACCUACCUUCUUUGGAAAGGCAUGUUUGAACAAGCUUAAGGUAGAAGAGACCAAUUACUCUUCUCGCGUUCCAAAAGGUCUUGAAAUCAUCGUAGAAAAGUUGGGUUUCAACCCAUGGUCAAAAGGGCUUGCUAAUGAGCAGGAUUCUGAGAGCAAAGAUAUUCUUCCUUGUGAAGAAGCAAAUAAAGAUGAAGAUAUUAUAGCACUUGCUGAGUUUGCUGUUGAGCAACAAAACGCAUUACAAAAGGUUAAAAAAUUUAAGUUUUUAAGUGUGGUUGCUGCAUGCUUGGAGGCAGUUGGAGGGGGAAGGUAUCACAUUGUCCUGGAUGCUACAAAUACUCGCGUCAGUUUUAUGAGCACGUGAGAAAGGUUCUAUGCAGUGGUGUUGCGUAAGGGAACCGAACGUACCAAUCAAUUGACAUUGCUCGAGAAAUGGCUUGGUGGUGUUGCACCGUACUUUGCAACAUCGUUUUGAUGUUAGGGAUCCUGUUUUUUUUUUUUUUUUUUUUUUUUUUUUUUUUUUUUUUUUUUUUUUCUGCUUUUGGGCUUUUGCAGUUUAUUUUUGCUGAUUAUAGGUAGUAAGAAGCUGUUUAUAAGCAUAUACGAAGUAUAUGAUUAACUAUUCCAUGAAAAUCCUUUAUUAAAUAUAUUGUGCUUAAUUUACUUUAUAUUUUUAAUAGAACUCACCUUUUACUAUCUUAUUUUCGUAAUUAGGUCAAAAUUGAAAAGGUAGAUUAAAUUAGACUAGAUUCAUCAUGUGAAUUGAACAAGUUGCUUUUAAAUCCAACCAAAUUCGAGUUGUCUUUCUCUGACUCUUAAUUUUAACUUAAGUGUUUGUGGCAAAACACAACACUCAAAAAAGUUGAUAUGGUGCACAACUUAUAUUGGCCAUAGCUAAUGCCUAGGGCCUAACACUUUUAACCAAGUCUAAGUAACAUAGAUUAAAUGAAUAAAAGUGGUAAGAAACAUAACAAAAGCCGAUUCCAAUCACCAUUAAUAAUCACUACCAACCUACCAACCUAUCCAAUAAAAGUGCUAAUAGAAUACUUAUUUAAUGUGCACAAUUAUUUAGUAUGUAGCACGAGGUUGCCUUAAUAAUUGAAGCACAUACACAUUGAUCUACGUUACAUACUUUAUUAUAUUGCACUUGCAUGCACGUAACAAUAUUGUAUGCAUUUAUGCGUAGCCUAGCUAGCCAACCGAGGGAACAUAAGCAACAAUGUUGUUUGAA